GCCGUCUGGAGGGUCGGGGCGCCUGCGCAGUGGUUUGUCGUCCGGCGGCAACCAUGGCGGGUCAAGAGGAUCCGGUGCAGCGGGAGAUUCACCAGGACUGGGCGAACCGAGAAUACAUUGAGGUCAUCACCAGCAGCAUCAAGAAAAUCGCGGACUUUCUCAACUCAUUCGAUAUGUCUUGUCGUUCAAGACUUGCAACACUAAACGAGAAAUUGACAGCCCUUGAACGGAGAAUAGAGUACAUUGAAGCGCGGGUGACAAAAGGUGAGACCCUCACCUAGAGCUAUGCCAUGCUGCUGCUGGGAAGUUGCUUCAUGGAACGCAGGCCGACGUGGGAAAGGCCCCAGCAGCCUCAGCUCCUUCCUCUCUCCUUAAAGAGCAACAGGGCUUAUUCUUGUUUUUGGUUUUUAUUUUAUUUUUUUUCAAAAGUGUGGCCUUUGGGUUCUGCCAUGUACGUCGGUGUGUGAUGUGGCAUGUGGGAAGACAUCCAGGGAAGCUCUUGGAACCAACAUUAGACAUUUUAUCUUUGAAGUAACAUUUUGUAGAACUAUCUGUCAAUGUAUGAGGCGCUCAGAGCCAGACGCCUGGGACUCUGUUAAGGUCCUCCCCACCUCUCUUUCUCUCAGACUUUUCUUACAGCUCUCAUUGCCUCUGCAUUGAUUCUGGAAACAGUCUUUGUCUCCUUUUCACCUUUGGUGGGGUUUGGGAGGCAGUCCUGGUCGAGACCCUUAUGCCCUGGCAAGGUGGCCGCCAGAGAAUGUUGUUGCUAACCCACCAGUUUCUUGUCCUUCCAGGCCCCCACUUGGCUUGAAGGGACAUGUUCAGAAUUUUCUUUCUGUCACUUGGGGUAUCUUUGCCUCUCAUAUUUCCCUAAUAAACUCCUCAACUUUA